AUGGAGGAAGCGCUGGAGAAAAAACUGGUCAUGAAGAAGUUCCUUAGAAAAAAUGAAAUGUUCCAAGAUAGACGGGGCGCGAAAAAAAGGACACACAGGAUAAGAAUGGCUCUUCUAAACAUGAACGAAAAAGAAGAGAACUACUUUCUAAUGGAUGUGUACCCCUUAAUGAAAAGUUAUAUAAGUGAUUGCGUUCCGUGUUAUUACCGAAAUAGGACGUACAUUUUUCGGAAGAGUAUACUUAACAUUUUCUGUGCCAUGAUAUAUAAAUUUAAAAAAAUAAAAUACGUCAUAGAAAUUUUUGACAUUUGUUUGAAUCUCAUCGUUAAGCAAAAUGAAGAAUACACAAUUAUCUGCAUAAGAAUUAUUACUGAAAUAUGCAAGCUACAUAAGAAUGAUUUGAUACUGUUCGACAUUUACAAAUAUGUGAAUGUGGUUUCUUUGAAUAUUUUGAGGGCCUUUUACAAGAGGCUAAUUGGUAAGGUUAAAAGAGGGAAGUUUCUAAAAUCAGCCAUAAAUGUGUAUAGGAAAAGGCACAAAAAAGUUAGGUGUGUGCGAAGCAGUGGGGAUUCCCUAAAGGUAGUUAGAGAAAUUAUUUUCUCAAAUUAUGUUUUGAUCAACUUAUAUCCGCAUUUGUUAAAGUGUAAUGAAGGUUACAUAAGAAUUUUGUGCAAAAUUUUGUCCCUCAUUAAUAUACGGGACUUUAUGUAUUCCAGGCCGUUCUACAUAGAAUAUAUUUACUGCUCAAGAGAUCUGAUUGGUAAGAGGUGUUACAGUUACCAUGUCUUGGAUACUCAUUUGUCUACAAGGGAAAAAGCCCUCGGGUGGAGCCAUCGUUGUGAGGGUGUUUUAUGCUCGCGCAAAUUCGAAAGGGCUUACAGCUAUUUGCUUGAGGAUACGACCGCUUUGGAGAGGAAAUCCAUGAGGGCGAAUUCCCAAUUUUGCCAAACGGGGGACACUCAUGUGUGCAACCCACAGGAUAAUGUCCCAUUGCGUUGCAAUGAUGAGGGUGCUAACCAUUUGGUAGUGAAGACAGGGAAGAACAGUUCCUGCGAUGCGUGCACUGAUAAGACGCAGACGGUUGAUGUGAAUAGAAGGUCUGAGGAAAACUCCAGAAACCGCUACGAUUACAAUGUGCCCAUGGCUUCCCUCCUAAAAGAUAAUUACGGGGACGAGUUAGACGCCGUAUUUGGUAAUAUCCGCAGUUUGUUCUAUGGACAUGAAUUCAAAACAGUGAGGAAGCAAUUUUACAAGAAUGUGAAUUACAACAAUUACGAGAUUGAUUUGUCGAAGGUGUCCCAAUUGUGGAGACUAAAAAAUAUGGUCGUGUACAUGCUAAUAUAUUUUUUAAAGAUGGAUAAGAUGAAUAAAUAUUUCCAUCAUAAAGAAUUUCUUAUAGAAAAAAUUCUUCAAUUUUUGAAAUAUGACACAAAGCAUAGCAUAGAACAAGGGAAAAUAUUUAUGGAACAUAUUCGGUUAUUGUUACAUGACAAUUUUAAGGAAAAUAUGAAGCACUAUUUAGCCCUUUUGUUAAAUCCAAAUACGUACAGCAGCUAUUUAGCGUACAAAAAUAAUGGGCAAUUAGAUGAACAAGUGUUUAUCCUAAUACAUGACAUUUUCUACUACUUUAAGGACCAACCUGUGUGGAAUUAUGAAGUGCUUAAGGGUUGCAUAUCUGCAUACUCCUUGAUCAUUAUGAGUAAGAAGAGCUGUAUCUCCAUUCAGAAAGUGUGUGUAAAGUUGCUCGUGUAUAUAAUUGAAAUUUUGUUUGCAAUGAAGAAUAAAAGCUCGCAAAACUUUGCCCUCUAUUUUGAUAUUAUGAAUAUUAUGCUGCACAAGAGCCAUUCGUUGAAGUGCGAAUUGUAUGUCCUCUAUAGGAAGAUGUUGCGCAGGAGUAGGGCUGAUGUGAUUAGUACAAAAUUGGGGACGAAACAGGGCAGAGGUUUUCAUCUUGGUAAGAAUAUCAAAUUAGCGAAGAACAAAUUGUGUAAAGAUAGAAAAAAACUCAAGUACGACUCAGAUCAUCUGUCUAAAUUUGUUUUAUCGCGCAAAUAUUUUCUUCAGAACUGGAUUUAUAAAGAGCAACAUUUGCAAAAAAUUAAAGCGCCUUCUAAAUAUUACAGUCAUAAAAAUGGAAGAAAAAAGGGGAAGUCUGCAUUAAAGAAAAUAGCGUUGCUUAAUGACUACUACAGGUUGCAGGGAAGUCGCGAUCUAAGUGAACUCCUAAAAGAAUAUAAAUUUUUGCUUUAUGCCAUUUAUGAAUGUGUAAGAAGCAACAUAUUUUAUAUUUAUUUGUAUUUUAACAAGGAAGCCAUUAUAUGUAAGCUGGAUGCAGAAAAAAGAAGAAGAAGUAACAUUUCAGAGGAUCCACGUUGUGAUACUUUAAAGGAGGGGUUAAGAAGCAACGGUGAAUAUGUGGGGAAUCAUUUGAACAAGACGGGCGACAAUUUGGGUAAGUCCACGGGGAACGAAGCGGCAGUUAAUGUGGAUAUCGUUAACGUGGGCGGUGUAAGCGGACUUGACGACCCCGCAAACGGAAAGAAUGCCAAAAAACCUGCAAGUAAGAGGAAAAGGAUUAGAAGGACCAGUAGUAUAAGCAAGCGGAGACGCCCCAGUCGUGCGAAGAACAGCAAUCAAAGUCUGAAAAAUGGUAACCCUAAUGGGAGCGCCACGUUUCACACAAGUAAUGAUAACACUGCUUCCAAUUUGGGGGGAGUGGUGAAGAAUGAAUUGGGGCAAUCGCUCAGCGCGGGUGAGUAUACCAGUAAGGCGGCAAAUGGGAAAUUAGCAGUAUCCAAGAAUUGGGCAGCUCCUAUCAGCAACACGCCUUUUAAUGUGAAUUGCACCCAACAUGAAGUAAAUAAGUAUAUGGCAUUGAACUGUCUGCAGAAUAACGAUGACCUCCUUAUCAGUAAUUAUAACUGCAUUGUGAAUAGUGGGGAUGUGAUUGGUGAAAUUAAUGGAAGGACCGAAUUUGCAUGUGCUGUAAAGGAUAGUUACCCAGGCACCUCCACAGUUGAAAAGAAUUUGCACAGUUGUAUGAAUAAGUACAGUAAAGAAAAUGAGAACAAACAGAAUGGUCUUAUGUAUGCGUGCACUGUGGAAAAGGGAAACAGUUGUCAUAUGUCCUUGAGUGUUCAUAACAAUCGAAAUGGUAAAGAAAUCAUUAAGGGGUUGCAUUGCGAGUCUGCUAACGAAACACAUUUGAAUGCACAGGGCCAUAUUUUUGAAGAGAAGGGGAAAAGUGUAGAAAGGGAAUGCGUUACCCAAAAUGUCGUUAUAGAUGAUAAGAAUAAUCACAAGUGUAAAAUUGCCAAGAAUGAGAACGAGGAAAACGCCUGCAGAAUGAAUAAGGUGCAACGAAAAAAUUCAGACCAGGAUUCCGCAGGCGAAGCCCCCGUUUAUGACCCUUUUGAAGAGAUGUAUGAUAUUUCCAAUUUUGACAUAAUCACUGUACAGUGUACUUUGUUUAAAUCGUACGAACUGAGUGAAGCUUGGGUCAAAAUAAUACACAAAAUUUUUUGCCGCAUGGUGGCAUGCUGCAUAUUGUACACUUCCUGUUUUUCUUAUAUUACGUUUGAAAAAUGCGGCAUAAAAAGUGCAGCUCUAAGGAGGGUUAUUAAAAAGAAGAUAAAGAACGGUGGAUCGCAUGUUGGGGGCUACGUUUCUGAGGAGGUCUACCCCAAAGGAGACACAUCGCUGAAUCGCACAUGGCGCCCUUACGUCCACAUCAAUGUGCACAGGUUGUCUAAGGAGGAUAAAAGGAAAGUGUUCAACUGCAUCAGCUACAUAAAGAAUGAAGAGAAGAAUUUGCUCUACAUGUGUGCUAAUAGCAUAACUUCUCUAAGUGGGCAUGACUUUCUGAAUUUUAUGAAUUAUACUAUCGAGCCUUUGUUUAAACUAUUGUUUCAGUACCCGCAGAUAUUUUACAUUUUUCAAGUGCUCGGUGCAGUGAAUAGCACCAGCGUUUUGUUUUGUAAAAUUUGUUUUGGUUAUAUUAUUAAGAAAAUGAAAAAUUUUCCAAGGCUGAAGAAUGACUUCAAACCGCUGUCUUAUUUCAGCAAAAAUGUUAGAAGUAGAUUGGCUGCAGAUUUGUACAUGUGCAGACUUCUCUACAAACUGCAGUCACCCUAUGAUUGUUUGCUUGAUCGAAAGCAUUGUGAAACUUUCCAGGUGGGAAAGGACUGUGAACAUAAUUUAUCCCUGAGUAAGGGAAAAAAUGGGUCACAUGGUGGGAGUGUCAAUAAUAGCGGGGGUCUAAAGCAUGUGUCACUGCGCAAGUGCAGUAGGAAAAGUGGAAACCUUGCGAUUGCAAAUGGGAAAAGAACAAAAGGAUAUAGUGCAUUAAGCGCACUUGGAAUCCAGGUUGAUUUUUUCGAUUUUCUUAUAUUAGAAGAAUACGAGAAUGGAGGCCAUGGUGAGGGCAAUUCUGAACUGAAGGACAUAAACUCGGUUCUGCUGAAGGAUGCAAAUUUUUUUAAAGAACUAACAUACCACAAUGAUGUGUACAUGUCUCCAGUGUUGAGUAGCAGCACUGUGAGCGCAACAAGGAUGGACAAAUUUUGUGAUAAAAAAUGGAAAAAGAAAAAGCAUUACUUCCUUCAUCAGAUGGAAGAACGGGACAUAAUAAACCCGGCCAACUUUGUUUCACCCCAUGUUCUUAAGUUCGCAAAGGUGAAGAGAAGGAAGAAGGGCGCAUCAGGAAGAUAUGUCAUUUGUGCUAACAGUUCAGGCGGCAUAAUUUUCAAUACACCCGUUUUAAAAAAUUCCAUGUCUUAUGAAGGUCAGCAGGGGAUGUAUGCCUCUAUCAGGAGUAUGUCCCCACCGCGUAAUUGUACACACAGAAAGGGUGAAAUGAACGAUCGGCAAUUUUCUUAUGGGAUUUUUUCAAACAAGGGGGGAAGUAAAACGGCAAAGAAGAAAAAGGGUAGUGUGUGCGAUGCCUUUAUAAGGACCAACAACUACGUUAUGGGCUACAAUACAUUCUGCAUGAAUAACACCUUUAACAGCUAUAUGUCAUAUAAGGAUCUAAUCAUUAAGGUGACACACUUUCUUUUGAAGGUGAUAAAAUACUACUCAAAUUGUUAUGAUCAAUUUUUAAGUGAACUAAGAACCAUUACGGAGAUUUGUUUGGACAUAAUUUUAAAAGAUAGUAAAUGCGUUCAAGUGGUCCAUUUGGUGAAAUGCCUUCUGGAGACCAUCUGUUUUGUAAAUUGCGCCAACGAAUUGAAGGGGAACAGUGAUAAUAAAACUGGAAUCAAUUUUGCACUGAAUAAUAUUUUUCUUAGGGAAAAUUUGAGCUACAUGAAGUGUAUGAAGUAUAGUAGUGCGCGUAAUGAGGCAAAUGAGGAGGGGAACAAAUUUGAAAGUGGAGUUGGAAGCGCAAUGGGAAUCGUAGUCGGAAAUGGCGGUAUAAUGGAUGACUUUUUGAAGAAGGAAAAUUCAGUGCAGUGCGUCUCCAAUGAGGGAAAUUAUGUUUUUAAUGGGAAGGAGCAUAAGAAUGCGUGUGCAAAUGCCUUAGACAAGGAGCCCGUGGGUAGUGGGGCAGUCAGUGGCAAGAACGAAGCAUUGCACAGUAAUGGCGGAGGUAAUAGAGAAACCUGUCACAAUGAGCCUGGACAGGCGCGGAAUGCAAAUGGCGAUGGGGUGAAUCAGGCGAACGACAUAAUUGUUAACGUGUUAAGUUGGUUCGAAAAUGUGUACCAGGAUUUUCCCAAGUUGUAUAAAAUGAUGUUGUGUGAAAUGUGCCUGGAGCUCCCAAUCAGUUAUUUCACGAACGAGCGUUUUCAUCUUUACUUGAAGUCUUUGCUAGUCUGUUUGGGAUCCAAGAAUAUGAACAGAAUCAGGGUUGCUUUGAAGUCAAUGGAAGAAAAUAUAUGUAUUCACAAUAACAACCAUAUUAAGGCAAGCAUUUCUUCGUCCUUUUAUUUUAAGAAUAAAGAUGGAACCACGUCUUGUAUACUAACUCAUUUGAUGAAACUUUUGAGAAGAAAAAUUUCCUUCCAGUUCAACUUUAACAAAAUUUACGAACAAAAGUAUUAUCUGAAUGAUCUGUUUAGGAACCCCGCAGAUAUUACGCUGCUCCAAAUGGGCGUCAUCUACACACAGAAGGUUCUCUCAGAGGGGGAAGUAAAUAAAUAUAUGAACAAAGUAUACAUGGAAAAUCUAUUUAUCAUUUUAAAACUGUACUGCAAAUUUUGUGACGACAAUGAAUUAAUGAACAAUUAUUACUUCCGUUUGAAUAGUAAGAGGAGCGUAAUGUCGCAUUUCAGAAUAGGUUUUUUUUUAAAGAGGCAAUUAAAGCAGUACAACAGAAAGAGGUGUAUUCAAGAUGUGCACGGUGACAAACUAGAGGGCAAAGCCUUAAUGAUUAAGAAUGAGAAGUUAUUAAAUGAUGAACCCAUUUCUAUUAUAAAGAAUCAGCUUGUAGAGGUGAAUGACAACCUCCCCCUAAAUAGCAAGAAGACAUCGUCUCAUGACAACAGAAAUGUUAGUAGCAGUUGCAACAUCUCAGAUAGGAACAAAAGAAGGAGAAAAAACAUUCCACUGAAGAAUGAAGAUAAAUGCGACCGGGGAAUCACCGAAAUUAACAUUUCGAAGGAGCGUGAGGAUAAUGUUGAGAAUAAAAGUGCCGAAGCGAAUGUGCUAAGAAGGGCAAGUAGAAGAUCUGCAUCUAAAAGAAAAACAGGCGGUAUAGUGAACGCAGUAGAGGAAGAGAACAAAUGCAAUGGCAAGCAAAAUGGGCUGUCCCCAAUUUGUAAUGAAAACAUUAUUAAAGAGAUCAAAAGUAAUAAUGAAGGACAGAACAAAAAAAAAAAAAACACUGCGCAGAACAGUAGCAUAGUAAAUGUGGGCAUUGAACAGGUGAAGGAAAAGAAGGAUGAAGCAGAUCGAGGUAAUGUGAGCUUGGUGAAAUUACUCAUGAGUGGUAGCACGUCCGAUCACGCGUUCGAUAAUAUUAUACAACACAUCGAUUUGGAAGAGACGCUGAAUUAUUGCUACAAGGUUUUGAAGAAUAACGUAAAGAGCAGCAAUGCCAAGUGCUUAUACUAUUAUAAGAAGCCGAUGAUAAAUGCGCACAUGAGAAGCAAACUUUUUGUUAGGAAAAAAGCGAGAAUAUGUGUUAAGAACAAAUGGAAGAGAGAAAAAUUCUGCCUGUUCAAUUUUCACGAGUUAGCAAAUCUGAGGAAGAGAAAGAUGAGCGCACAGGAUGAAGUCGCUACAGAUAAAGGGUCGAACAAGAAAUUGAGAGUUUGCAGUUCCCGAAGAGACAGGAACGACAAAUUGGUACAUUCGAAAUGCAGCAAUGGAAAGAAUCAUUUAAGCGUCAUGGCUGAAGUGAAGCAACCUAUUUUGAAAACCACGAAGGAAAUGGGUGUAACACAGGAGGGUGCAUUAGGGACCAGUUUGACGCACAAAAUAGAGGGCAUUUCCCAUGGAGAUGCAAAUUACACCAAAAGAGAGGGCACCCGUUUUGCUAGCACAAAGAAGCUACUUUUCACAGGAAACAAAAGUGUCAAAGCGUAUAAGCGAUUUAUCGACAACGGCGAAACAAAAUAUUUCGACAAAAGCGACCUAUGCUAUUAUUGCAUUUUGAAGGACCAGCGAAUUAGCUGCUACCGGGUAGUGCUGAGCAUUUUUAUUUUUAUUUUUAACCACUCAAAAUGUAUUUCGGAUUUUUACCAGUAUAUGAUUACAGUUGGUUCUCAAAGUGGAGAGUUUAAGAAGGGUAAGAAAAAUGGCCCGGGUGCGAUUAAAGCCCAGAAUUCGUUAGAUGCACCCACAGCGAAUAAGAUUAAUCAAUGUGGUGACACAGUUGAUAAUAAUGGGAAAGGAUCUUUUAAAUGUUUUAGCAGCAGUGUUCCAGAGGAACAAUCCGCCAAUGAAAAUGUGGACAAGGUAUGUAGUGGCCCCAAUGAGAAUAAUCCGUUAUUGAAGGCAAAAGUGCAUAAUGUGCAUCGCAAAAAGGGGAAGAAUAAAUUCUCUUUCGAAACGUGCAAAUGUAGGAAGAAUUUGCACAAGUAUUCUUUCAUCUACAAUGAUAACAGCGUGUUUAUGAAGAAGUUGAUGUACUGUUUUUUAGUCAUGUUAGUGGAAAUAAAUGAGAGAGCAAAAAGUGACGACGCUGGGAAAGAAACGGACGGGAGAAAUGCCAAAAUGAUCGAAAAGGGUGGAAACAACUGCCGAAUGAUAUGCAGUGACGAAAUGUGGAAAACGAAAUUGAAAGAAAUAGUUAAAAACGUUGUUAGAAGAAUUGGGCUGAUACUUUCGAGCAGAUUUGUUCUAACACGAAGGCAGAAAUUAAUACAUGUUGGAAGCCACAACAAUGAGAUAGAUGUAUCGUCGUUCAUAUUUACAUUGUGUAGGUUAGUCGAUUAUCACCCGCGUUUUUUACAAAUGAGCAUUGAGGUAUUGAACUUUAUGGAAAAAAUAUUAAAAACGAUAUUAAAUGUGCAACCAGUGAAGAUGAAGACAGGCAUGAAGUGCACCUUUUUUUUUAAUUUGUGCGCCUGCAUCUGUAACCUUUGUAAUGCUAUCAAAGUGAAGCAAAAAAUAUUCGGAUUGUUACUCCUGUUGAGAGUAAGCCGAAUUUUGCCACCUUACUGGAUCAGAUUUAACGUAUAUAAUAUUGUAAGGGCAUUGCUAGCGUGUCAAGAAAGGACCCAAUUAAAAUAUAUGCGCAUUGUGCAGUUGUUAGUAGAUGAAUGCUUUGCACUAGUAAUUUCGUCAUUAUUUACAGGUUAUGUUGGGGAAGUUAACACGUACAUUUUGAAUAACUUCCGGGGUAUAGAUAAUACCUUUGUGCAUGAUAUUAUGAAUUUAUGUGCCCUAAAUCAUAAUGAUGAUGAAGUGAGGCUGAGGCAUGUUGAACGUAUUAGGAACAGUGCAAUUUGUAAAAUAAGAAGCAAUGUGGAAAUGAUCAGAUCGUUUUGGAGCCAGAGUAAUAAAGAAGUGAACCGUAUUGACGAUUCGAAUGAUGAGCACGCGAAAAAUGUGAGGAACAAACGACGUUGCGGAGAUACACACUUUUGGUACAAAUACGAUGAAGUUUACACAUGGGAUAUCCUAUCGGCAAAACGAAAAAAUAGAAGAAGUGAAAAUGAGGUGAAAAGGAUGAAUAAGAUUUUGGUGAAUAUACUAAGAAUACUUAUGUACAAUUUAACCAAGAAACAACACGACAGACAUUUUAUAAAAAGAGCAUUCAUUAUUAUCUCAAAAGUAUUGAGAGCAGAUACACGGGAAUUGCUAGCUUAUAAAUAUUUACCCAAGAGAGAUUUAUGCUUGCAUGACGUUUUUAUGAAGCACUUUUCUAUAUCGAACUUUUCCAAGGCAUCGUUGAAGCGUAAAAUUUCGUACCUCGAUUUUUACAGUUUUUUUUUAUCUCAAAAACCGUAUAUUAGAAUUGAUUUCCAUGUGGUGAUAAAUUUGAUAGAAGCUGUUGUUAACAUUAUAGAGUAUCUAGAAAAAAGGGACGAGGAGAAUCGGAUUUUUAAUUACAUUUUGAAUGGCAAUGUUUAUCGUUCUUGUUCGAAGGAUGGCGGAACUUUAGACCUUUAUGAGAGAACAGAUCUGAGCUUCCUUUAUGAAAAGAAGGCAAACAACAACCAUAGCAUGGAUAACGCGCGUCACGUGCACCACGCACAUCACGGGUGGAAGAGUCAGAACAGGAAUUAUUUGGGGGAGAAUGACGGGGAGGCAUAUAAUUUGCGCACAAACAACGUUUAUGUUAAACAUUUAAAUGUAGGUAAUAAGUGGGAAAUUCCCUCUAAUCAAAAUGAGGGGGAAGGCGAAAAUGUGGUCCAUUAUAAAAACUGGAACGAUGAAAUAAAUAUUUUGCAAAGCACUGUUCCGAAUGGUUAUAGUAACCAGCUGAACAGCCAGAAGAAUAAAGACCUACAAGAUUUGUAUGAAAAAAUUAAGAAAAAAAAUAGAGACUAUUCCAUUUUGUAUAGUAAAGAAUACACAACCAAAUUGGAUAACAAGAAUGAAGAGCAAAGGAAAGAUAUAACCAUUGAGGACAUAGCUAACAAGUGGGGAAAUCAUACUGACAAUAUGUCUACUCGUUUUAAAAUUUACGCUGAUGAUAAAAAUAAUGAGGACAUCCAUAGUAUAGAUAAGCACUUGAAGUGUGAAGAUGCAACGAGCAAUAAAAGCACUAAUUCUUAUCAUUUUAUAUAUUUUAACAGCAAAUUGACUGCAGAAGAUGACAAGAGUGUUGUCGCAAAACAUGGUAGCUCACAUGGGAAUGAUGAACUGAACGUGCAAAAUAAAGAUGCGUUGGAUAAGCACACAGCAGGUUAUAAUUGCUACAUGGGUGCGAACAACGUGGAGAAUAUGUCCAAACGAGGGGAAACUCUUUACGUAGAUCAAAACUGUAAGGGAAAAAACGGAAGCUCUCUUGUAAAGGGUACGAUAGAAUAUGGAGUUUCAAGCGACAGGACGGUGGGUGCUGCUGUCAAUUUGUGUAACGGCAAAAUGGAGAAAGAGGGGGGUGUACUGGAUAAGACGACCAAGGAUGGUAGUAGCAACGCCAAUAACGGAGGCAGCAAUUAUAUAAUAGAAGAGGAGGAACAGAAGCGUAAAAAUUGCGUUGUGCGCAACAGCAUCUCUAGUAACACUUCCACCGAUCUUUCGAAGAUUAAACUGGAAAAUUUAGGAAACGCUAGUACCAAUUUUAAGGAGGAGAAGAAUAACUUUGUUCAAACAAACAAAUGUUUGUUAAGAAGUCAUAUGAAAAGUUUAAACGAAUCCAACAGGAAUACUGUAACCGGUGGUGGAAAGACGUGGAAUGGCAAUGCAAAGGCCAGUCAUGGAAAUUGUUAUCAGGAUUUUUAUUUCAAUGGCAAAGAAAGAGACGAGGAGAAAGACGGGAGCACGUCCUUCCAUGAGAAUUUUAUGGGGAUACCUGAUGUUAGCUCGGAUUCGGUUCCAAUUAAGGAUAAAAAGGAAAAACUGGAGAAGGAAUUUAUUAAGGAGAAGUUUUCACAAGAUCGUAAUGCAAAGGGUGAUUUCACGAGUGGGCACACAGCAAAUGGGAACAUUGGAAAUCUGCACACUGGGAAUGAAUCCUUUGCGAAAGAGCAUCUAGCGAAGCAGCAACUUCUAAAGGAAAAGUACAAAACGGUUAUUGAGUUUUUUCUGUAUUUCAUGACCUUUGUGAGGAUUUCUUUCAGCCACGAGUUAUACAAAUAUGUGUUGCCCACCAUGAAUGCCCAAAUAAAUAAAAAAAGUGUGUACCUGUACAAUCGGUGCAUUCACAUUUUAGUGAAUUUUUUGUUUAGCAAGGAUAAUGAAUUAUGCGUUAAGGCAGAAAGCACUUUGCGGUUUUUGAUUGCUAUUAAUGAGCAUGAUAAAGAUUCGGGGCUGAACGAUAGCUCGGUAAAGAAUUAUGGGAAGAGUGGAAACUGUGUGGAUAAAAUUUCGAGUAAAAAUGGGGGUCACUAUAGCCUUGCCAAAAUAAUGAAUAUGAACAAGAAUUUUACAAAUGUAUGGAAAUUGAAUAAAAUGGACUUGAAAUUAUACUUAAAGUCAAUACUGUGCAAUUUAUCCUAUGCUCUACGAAAUAACGGUUGCGUUUUGAAGAAAAGUUUUAUUAUUGGUCUUAGCAAAAUAUAUUCAUUUUUUCCCCAACUGUUUUCUCCUCAUUUGACAGACGGAUUUGUGCAGUAUGUAAAAUUAUGGAAUGACAAAUGUGGGCAGGAUAAAUUUGUUCUCAAGAAUGUUGAGCAGGUGAUGGAAGUGUUUUGCAGUUUUUUUACCACCUCUAAAUUAACGUAUGGCCAGUUUCAGGAAAUUAUCGAUUUGUUGUUUGGUAUAUUGAGGCGAACGCAGAAGAGGAGUUCCAGUGCUCUUCCCCAUUUAGGCGAGUUAAACGUGUUGGACCGGAGUGGAAAACGAAGUAGCGGCGCGUCUAGUGGGGAGAAUCAUGCUGGAAGUAAUAAUCAGAGCGUGUCCAAAAUUGUGUACGUCACCGGGGAAGUGCAUCCGGUUGGUCAUUCUGUAGAGGUAUGUGUGAAUAAAAAUGCAGUAGAGAGCGCAAAUGAAGUUGAAAAAAAAGUACUUGAAUAUUUCAUAACGAAUUGCAGUAACAAUGAGAAGAGCGAAAUGAACACAUGUUUCAUGCGUGCGUUAAGUCUGCUGUGCUCCAACAAUCACGAACACGCGCUGAAGUACUUUAUCCAGCAGAGACAUAACCAGAAUGUGUUUUCCCGUUUUGUUUCCACGAUAAGAGGUAAAGAUCAAGUGGCGUUUCGAAAAUACAUUUGUAAGAACAUUCCUGCCCUUGUUAAUAUUCUGUUAAGAUUUAUUUGCGACUUUAAACCGAAUGAAUUCCUGAUGCAAGUGUUCAGCAUAUGCCUUUUUAGUGUUAACGAUGGGGAUUUACGGGAAGUAAUUUCGUUCGAUUGCUCUAGGAUGAAGGAAUAUGCGAAUAGAAAUGUUGAUACUAAUUUGAAGGAACAUAGUUCCCCCCAUUUAUACAGGGGCGAACGUGUUGGGGAAAGAACGAACGGAGAUGCUCACAGUGGGAAGUACAACGAAGGACAUGAACUAAGAUGCGUCCCAAUUAUGAACGCCAGUAAUUUUCUUGUCAACCUUUUCAGCGUUAUAAACGUUGUACAUGCAGUACUGUUGUAUGAACCGUCCUGGAUAUUUCUCAAUUUUUACGAGGACAGAGUUAGGAAGAAUAGAACAAGCCUAAUCGAGGUUUUGUAUUUGUGUUUAGUCCAUUUGAUUAGUCAGUAUUUAUCUUUCGAUAAGACUAAUUUUUUAACUUUUUUACGGAGCAGAGAAUGCAAAAAAUGCGUUAAAAUAUUUAUUGUGUUUUUUCACUUUUCGCGUGAUUUGCUCAGGUGUGUAGUGUUUGACUCUGUUCCCCAGGAGAAUUGUGUGACACCUAGCAGAGCGCGUAAAACCUUAGUGCCAACUAAAAACGGUAAAAGGGAUGACAUCAUAUAUGAUAGUAUGAAGUAUAAUGGUUACCUGUUUUUUCUGAGAACCAAUUUGCUCAUUAUACUGGUUUUCAUCGUAUGUACAAAGAGGGAUGAAGAUUACAGCUAUUUACACACUUUUUUUAAAAGGUGUACAAGGAAAGGCUUACGAUUUAGGGAAAAACGAUUUUUGUUUUUUACGAUUGUACGUAUGUUGCAUAAUUUUAACGCACCCAUUUUGAAUCAAUUUUUUGAGACGGCCCUACGGUUUUUUAUCAUGCCUAUACUGAAAGAAAAUAUCCAGAGAGCGGAGAACUUAAGGUACAUCACCUUUGAGGGUGAGAAAUGUGAAUCAAACUGUAGUACAUAUGAAGAAGGAAUAAUCAGUGCAUUACAACUGAAUAGAAUGAUCAUGAGUGUACACACGAAAUUGUUCACGCAAGCAGACACGAAUCAGAUUAGCCGAAGUGAGAAAGGCAAUUCAUUAAGAUCUGAUCACAGUUGCAGGACUAAUUUGUUUAAUGCUAACUCGUACUAUAAUGGAAAUGCGGUCGUUUCCAGAAUUUGCAAUAAUGUCAAGGUAGGAAACAAUUACGAUUAUGCAGGCGAUGCAAGCUAUUGGAAAGAUCAAAAUGGUGUAAGUGGUUCUAAUAAUAAUGCGUAUGUUAAUUUAGCAAGGAAUAAUAUUUGCGCAUCUGCGUUCAUUAGGAAUUCACACAAUUGCACAUUUGUACAUAAUUUGAAUGAUAACGUUUGUUCAGGUUCAAAUAAUGACUACUGUUUGUUCUAUAUAUCAAUUCAUGGGUACAGGAAGAACGUGCAACUUUAUCGUUUUUACAACCAUAGUUUGUUUCUUAGUAUAAAUGAAAUUUUGUACACGUUGAAGGCGCUACUACGAGGGGGAUCUCAUUCGAAUGAAGUUAUCAUGCACAAAUUGGACAUUAGCAGAAUGGUUGUAAAACUCAUCAGAAGGAUAAAAUGCAAGAAAAGUAACAUGAUAAUGCUCAAAUAUGUAAUGAUGUUUAACAAUGAGCAUGUGAAUUCCCCGUGUGAUGAUGUAAAGAGGUUAAGCAUUCGAAACAUUAUCAACGCUUGUAAAUAUAACCGUAAUAGCGAUUGGACGGAGAUUUAUCCGCAUUUGCUUCAUUGCUAUAAGAAUGCAGAAAAUAAUUUAAUGAAAUUAAAUUUAAAGGAGCUAAAGAAAAUGAUCUCCCAGAGGAGACAACAACAUGGGAAGUAUUCCAGCACGGCCAAUGUUUUACUUCGUCAAAUAAAAAGAAGCCACAUGCAUUUUUAUUAUUGCAAUAAUUAUAGUGGAAAACGGACCGUGAUUGGUAAUAGGAAACGAAGCUUCGUUUUUAACGCCCAUGUGAAUAGGUUCUUUAGCAAAUUGGACAAAGGCACGCAUAACAGAAGACAUUUGGUCUGCAAAAAUAGGCAUAUACAAAAUUGCGCAUUAUUCAACCAUAGAAGAGCCAUUCUUGGAUAUUUUAAGAAGGACAAAACUGUGUUUAAUAGAAUGCACAUUUUAAAAGUUGCGCUGGAUUACAAGUACGAUUUUUUUAAUGUAUACCCCUACGUGAUAGCUUCAAUUUUCAAGAAUUUCGCAAAAAUGACGCGUCGCGCAUGUAUUAAUGCGAAAAGGAAAUCCCUUUUGAUUCGAGCAUUAAAUGUUGCACUAUCAUUUAUAAAGUUCAAUAUCUUCUGCAACUCCGUUCAUGAGCUGUUUAGUUUGGUAAAUGAUGAAAUAGUACUCAGGGAAAUCAAUCCCCUGGGAAGGAACGAUAUACAGGACACGAGCACAUCGGAAGCACCUGAUGGAAAGCAUGUACACCAUGUAAAAAGUGACCCUUGUUCAUUACGCGAAUUGCGAAGUAGAACAAAGGUCCUUAGGGCAGAACAGGCGAAGCAUGAUAUGAUUGAGCAGAACGUGAAAAUUGGGGAAAGGACGAGAAACCGAAAGAGAGAAGUUAUCAUUGCACGUGACAGUGGAUGCAUUUCUGCACAGCUAGGGGAGGAUAACAAACAAAUUAAUAAUAGAAGCGGUGGUGCAGUUCUGCAUGGGGAUUCUAUGCGAAAGAACAAAUCUGCCUUAAAAUUGUCCAAGCUUGCGGAAGCCAUGUUAAACUAUUAUAUAAAAACUGGAAAAGGUGAGGAGAAAAGGCACCUGUUCCUCAUGGGUCUUGUGAACGUAUUUAGGAAGUACAAUCGGAUAUACGUUAACUACAGCAUAUUAAAUGUACUGACAAAUUUAAUUAUUUCGAGUCUGAUGCAACAUGGAAACGAACUGCACGAAACCAAAAUGACUAAUAAAAUUUUGAGCAUUUUUGAAAAUAUACUGAGAAUUAAAAAUAACGUAAAGAUAAAAUAUGUAGAUGUGUACAAAACGCUCAUGUGCUUUUAUUCUAUAAAUUGCACUACAAAGGAGUAUAUCAGGAGGGGGAAAGGAAAGGGUGUAAAUAAGCCCCAAGUGUGUGAUGAUGGCAUGUUACAAAAUUUACUUCACAAUAUUAUUUCUUUAGAAGUACAGAACAAGGGAAGCGGAAAUGGCGAAGUAGCUGUGCGUAGCUUGAGUGGGUUGUCCAGUUAUUCCAAGGAAGGAGCAUUUGCAAAUGAGCACGGUUUUGGAAAGGAAGAUCAGGUAAGUGCCUUUUCAUGCACAAAUGAAAUGACAUACACUUUUACGAACAAUUCUGAAGGAAAGGAAUGGUUUAGUGGAUUUUUAGUACAGGAAACAUUACCCAAUGGCAGUUUUGUGGAUGACACAUUCAGUAGAAAUGGAAAGAGUUCUAUUUCGCAAGAUGGGCAAAAUAAUUAUUUAAGGGACGGAAGCCUAAGUAUUGCUCCCAGUAGUUUUAACGGAAUAGAUAAGGACGGAAAGGAUAUUGCUGACAAGUCGAAAGUGGUUAGCUCUUUGAAGAAUGUUCUACUGAAUGAGAUGGGAAUAGGUAAUGAGAGGAAAAUAUUUAUGCUGAAUGGACUGUUUUCCAGUGAGGAGAACUAUGCAGAACAAAUUAGCAACGCGUACCAAAUGAUAAAUAAGGGAUAUGGGAUGAACAUGGUGAAAACCAUUUAUAGGGUUUUAAAAGUGCUGAUGAAAUAUUCGAAUAGAAAAAGCGUUUGCAAAAAUUUGCAUAUUCUAAGUUGUAUUUUCUUUUUAUUACUCAAUUUUGACAACAAGAAGGUCCAAAGGGCAACUCUAUUAUUAAUAAACCACAUUGUAAUAACGCACAGUUUGUUCGUGGACAAUUUUGACAGUAUAAUCCGUAGAAUUAGCCACCAAGUGGAGGAAAAUGGCCAUCAGGAUGAACCUAAGCAAACGGGUCUUAAUGAGGAAAAAGAACGCAAGAAGAAAGAGCCACAUUUCAUUUUUAAUAACGAAUUUGAACAGGAACGAAAUGUCUCUAGUAAAAUUGAAUUUUUGCAUGAAAUGUUAAUUGACCUAUGCAUUAGGGGAAUGGACGUAUAUAGGAAAAACAGCAGGGAGUAUUAUAUGGAUAAGACGCUGUACGUAGAGGGAAAAUUGGAAACGAGCCUGAAUAUAUUUACUUUGUUCUGUCAGGUUUAUAAUAGAAAUGGUGGGAAUGACUACGCACAAUUGAUUAGGUUUCUCAUUUUGGAAUACCUAAAAAGGUUGAGAUGCAUCGCUUGUUACUGUUUGAGGAAAAAGAGAAGAAUGGCAACCCUGAAGCAGUUGCUUUUUUUAAUAAACACAAACCUGCAUUUAGUAGAUAAGAAGGAGGCUAUAAUAUGCUUGGAAACCAUGCAGGGCUUACUUCAGUUGGAGUGCAAAAAUGGUUCAAACUUUUAUUUGUUCAUUUUGAAUAUGUUUGAAUAUCAUUUAGCGCAUUCGCAAAAAGGUGUGGAAGGAUCAAUGGAAAGUUUUUCCACAGACGUGAUGUCCGACCGUUCUACCUGCCCGUGGUCCAUAGAGGAAGAAGAGAAGGAGCACAAAAUUACAAAUAAGACACGUGUGAAUCAUUUAAUAAACGAACUAAGGGACAAGAAGUUGAGCAGUUUUCAGAUCAGUCAUUAUAUUAACUAUAUAAAUAGCGUGCACGAUGAGGCAGACACAUGUAAUUAUAUGCACAAUUAUAGAAUAGCGCGGAGGUACUUCCUUUCCAUCGACAGGAUAAUAUAUGAAAGAAGAAGAAAAAACUACUUGAGGAGCAAAAUGUAUUGUAAGAAAAUGCACCAUAGGAAGAUGAUAAACGAUUUGUAUGCACGUUUUUUCUGUAGACAGGGCGGUAACAACGGCUCAGGGAUCAACCAUUUGAAGAGAAAUGUACAGGUAAGAGAUGUUCAAAGGGGGUGUAGGAAUGGCGCAAAGAAGGCUGAAACAAAUGGUAUGAAAAAUUGUAACAGAACGAUGGUUGGAAGCGAAGUUGUGAACCCGCAUGUUAGGGGCAUCACAAAACUGAGGAAGGAGAAGAGAAGAAAACGAUUUUAUAAAAGACUGAAAUGUUAUGAUAACAUCUUUGAGGCGUACACCAUUGAGGAAAAUCUAUGCAACGAUUUAUUUUUGUGCAAAAAGAGGAAGAAGUUGAAGACGUUUUGGUCAUGCACGAAAAAUGAAAAGGUAGGUAUAUGCCUAUCAUCGGAGGAAAAGGCACAUUUAAUUAGAAAUUUAAUUAUGUUUGAUUAUUCGGAUGACUACCAUUGUUAUGUAAAAUAUUACGACAUAUUACUGUACUUUAUUAAAAGUGAAAAGGAGACGUAUUCUGAGAGGUACCACGUUAUCGAUUUGAAGAAUAUGUUUUUAAAACCCCUACUGCCAAACAUUUUAAGGGGCACGUUUUCAUUUAUUCCGAAGGUUAGAAACACUUGUAUGCACCUUUUUCAGAAAUAUUUUCUGCCUAACGAUCUCUUUGGUGCCAUUUGUUUUCUAUUUAAGAACGACUAUUUUAAGCAUAUCAUUGAUAAGUAUUUUGUGUGUCUAUUUUUAAAUGUGUUGUUUUCGUUCUUUAAGAACAACGCGGAUACGUAUCUAUACUUGAAGAAUCGAACGCAAGGCUUGGUACCCUUUUUGUGCAAGCGCAAGUGCGCGAAGCGGGCAGCGUUUACUUAUAGAGCAGUUAGUGCAAAUGCGUGGAGGCAGACUUGUUCUGAGAAAAUGAAAAAAAAAAAAAAAAAUUUCAAGCCAAGGAAAGCGUGUGCGGUCAUCAGCAUGGAAAAUUACAACAGCGAUUUCGUUACGUGGAAGCGCUACUUAACAAAAUAUUGCUCGGAACAACAAAGUUUCGUGAACAAGUGUCAAGAGAAGUUUAUCAAAGCAAAAUAUUUAUUUAAUCCAAUUCUCAGUUUGGUAAAUAUUUUUAAGGAAUACUGUAGAAUGGUGUGGAUAGAUCUAUUUGCGCAAUUGUUUAAUUUUUUAAGUAGCGAGCAAAUUAAUGAAUUAAAUUUUUGCAUUGUUCACUUUUUGUACAAUUAUAUCAAUUUCCUGGAAGCAUCUAAUAAUUAUAAGAUGUCCAUGUCGAGAGAGGGGAACAACAUAGGCCCUUCUACUUUCAGCAUGAGCUGUAGAAAAAACAAAAAUUUUCAAAAUAAUAUGUAUGCAAAUGACUAUAACGUAAAUGUGUUAGAAACUACCUUGACGUGCAUAUUUAAGACCGACAUUAUGCUAUACGUUCCCACGGAAAUAAUUUUAUAUUGCGCGAAGAACUUUUGUACUUAUGAAAUUUCCAAGUGUAUGUUACAAAUGUUGUUGUUUUAUAAUUUGAGGAAAAUGAAAAAGUUGGGUAAGCGAGACGAAGUAGAAAAUGUGCUCCCGAUUGAGGACACCAAGGGAAAGCAGCCAACUGGUGCGAAUAAGAUGGCCACGCAGAAAACAAGCAGGAGUAAAAAUAAGAGGCAAAGCGAAAGUGCAACUGUGAAUAACACUGGAGUCUCAAAUGACCGUGCGCAGAGCAAGUUGGUCAUUACCCCUAAGAAAGAGGACCCCAUUUGCGCAAUAAAAAAAAGCUACAACAGUUACAAGCAAAUCAUCAACUGUUUAAUAGAAAUAAAUAGCGACUUGAAUGAACGUGACAAUGUGUACGCUCUGAGGACAUAUUAUGUGAGGAACAUUGAAUUAUCCAAGUCUCUUUUUUUUAACCAUUACAAUUUGUACUACAAGAAUGAAUAUUCCUAUUUGAAGCAUUUUAUGAGCUAUGAAAAUCUGAACUUAACAAAGGAAGAAUUAGACAUCAACAGAGUGAAUUGGAUCGACAGUUUGAAAUACUUCAGUAAAGUAUCCUGUAUCGAGAGCUACAUGAAGUUAAUGCAAGUGAAGGAGGGAAUGAGAAAGAAUGUGGACUCCAACUCAUCCCAGUUAAGCACCUGCGUUUUGUUAUCUGAGGAAAGAAAAGAUGAUUCAAUUGUGCUGAGUUGCAACUACGAAACGUUAAAGGGUAAUUACUUAACGAAUUUGAAUAAUGUGUACGGCAUAUUAAAGGACAGUUUGAAAUAUAUGCAUGUGCAGGAUAACAUAGAAAGGAGCAGCGCGAAAAUCAGCAGUGAUGUUAAAGAUGGUGGGAUGCACCCAUGUUGCGCACCGGGAGAAUCCCUCAAGCAAGAGUCCAAAAAGGGUGACGAUGGCGGAAUUGCCCAUAGUCCCGAUAAUGGCAAUGAGGCAGUUGUAACUGCAAAGAAGGAUAUGGAACCGUUCAAAAAGGACAGCGCCAACUCGAGAAGAUCGCGAAGAAACAGAAGCAACAACUUAAUUAACUCAAAGUUGAACAAAUCGAAGGACGGAAAAAUACAAACAACCAUUCAUGAUUACUUUAAGAGCAACAAGAAAACGUUACCGGAGAACCAGGAGGCAGGAACGAACAAUGAAGGGUAUAACAAGGAGGUAGGCAAUGCGGCAAAGCAGACCAGUGAGAAAUGUCCGAAUGUCGAGGGAAGUGCGCACGAUAGCAACAGCAGACGUAGUAGCAGGCGAGACGCUAUAAGUGAUAGUAAACUGAAUUGCAUUACGGACCGUAUUAACAAGUGUGGCGAGGGUAUUAAUCCUAAUGACAACCACAGAAGUAGUGAGAAUAUGCGAAAUGAUAAUUACAGCGCCAGUUACAGCGGUGGUAGCGCUGGCUGCGGAGGCAGCGGUAGCAUUGCCCAUUUGUUGAAUGGUUUAAGCGGUUACGGGGAUGGGGACCAGAUGAAGAACAUCGUGUAUUCCUACUUGGAAAAAAUAAUCUACAAGUUGCAGGAGAAUAGUGACACAAUUGUUGAGAGCAUGCAGGGUAAGGAGAACUUCCAAAUUGACCAGGUCAGCGUCGAAAAGAAUGUCCAAAUGAAUGCUGAAGAGAGAGAAGAAGCGAAGGUGAGAGGGUGCACAGGUGUAGCGGGGAAUGCGUUCGAAAAGAUGGUGUGGGAACGAGGAAGCGCAUUCAAUGAAGGCAAACAUUUUGUGGGUAACUUGAAUGACGAAUGUAGUGCAUUCCUUGUGAAAAAGUUCAAAUUCGAUUUGAAGAGUAAACACAUAAGAACAGUUAAAGAAAACAUAGACGAUGGAAUGAAUCUGCUAAUUAACAAAGUGAGGCAAGUGUGCAAUUAUAAAAACAACAAUUUGAGCGUUUUAUUUGCACACGCGGAAAUGUUUGAACAUGCACAAAGGAGCAUAGAAAUAAUAAAGGAGAACUCGCUAAAAAAAAAACAAGCACAGAAGGAAGAAAGUGAAUUGCAACUAAUAUGCUUAUUGCAUAAUUUGUUUAUCAUGUGCAACAAGGACAAUUCUGUGUACGUUUAUGAUGAUAUUCAUAAUAUGAAAUAUGCAUACCAAUGGAAGCUGCUUUUUUUUAAAAUUUGUAAAAUGUUUAUGGACGAAUGUGGUCUGUCACCCUUUUCAAAGGUGGGUUGCACCGAAAUGUCUAGUGACAUGUGUAAGAAUUAUCAAUUAUUAAAUCUGAUGAAGAAGAUGAGAGAGAUGAACAAUAUGUCGUACAAUUAUUUUGACAAGCUUUAUGAGAAUUUUGUGCACAAUGGUAGUAGCAACAGAAGCAGCAUCAUCUGCAGUAGCAGUGGAGGCAGCAUUAGCAAGCAAGGUAGUAGCACCGGAGGCAGAGUGCUCGAUGCCAGAUGCAGCUACAUGUAUAACAUGGAGAUUAUAAAAAUGAAUUUGAAGAAAUUAAUCAACAGUAACAUCUCAAACAAUAGCUAUAAUAUAGCACACAACAUGUUGGAAAAGCACAGCAGUCUUGUUUGUGAUGAAGCCGAAUUGUGCAGAAAGAAAAAUUGUUAUAAAAAGGAAAAAAAGCCAAACAUCUCCCAUGAAGACAAUUAUCUAUACAUUCGAAAUAUGGAGUACGAACAUUUUAACAUAUGUAUUAAUUUGCGAAAAUUGGGGAAGAAUAGAUUUCUUCACAAAGUUGUAAAAAAACUCAAGUGCUGCAUUAACUCACUUAAUCUUAUUAACACAUUUGACUUUGACUCUCUGCCAAUGGUCAGCUAUGAGAAAUUUCGCAGUGAGUUUUUCUAUAUGAAGGGGAAGAUUCUGUGUAACAUGAAUAGGAUUAUUACAUUUUUGUAUAAGAAUAAUUUUAUUGAAAAGAAUUCCAAGCUGAACUGUGACAGAUGUAGGUACAUGUGCCAGGAAAGCACAAGGCAGGAUGAAGAAGGCUAUGGGCAGAUUAGUCCUGGUCUGGUUCUCCAUACUCUGGGAACCCCGCACAACACGCAGGAAGAAAACAGUAUGAACAUUCCCAGCACAGUUGUUAGUAACAAUGAUGCCUGCAGCCCUAUUAAGUCGGGGGAAAAUAAAAAGAACAAGAGGAGAAGAAAAGGCACAAAUGCUGCCAACGAAACGUCGAACCGUUUGGAGGAAGAAAUAUUCCACAGCAGCAUUGCUGAGGAAAAAAAGGAUGAACAGGUGGAUGAUAAAAUUUUGAAAAGGAAGAAAAGAAGUAAAGUUAGUAAGUCAGUUAGUGAAACUGCGGAAGAUAGUGAGAAAAAGAGCGUACAAACGAAUGGACAAAGUCCUUUGCAUGAGAAGGAGAUGGAUACCCCGAACGAAGUGAGUGACUGCCGAGAAUCCAAUAAGGAACAGAAAAAAAUAACAAAAAAAGGAGAUAGAAAAAGACAACAGACGAAAAACAGCGCGGAGUACACUUGCAAAUGUGAUCAUAAAAAGUGCAACCUAUUCGAUGGGAAUUUAAUUGAGGAGUGCUUUCUGUCGUCCCUGAAAAUAUACCCACUGGAAAACAAUUCUUGGGCUCUGUGGGCUGACUAUUGCAAGAAAGCUUUUAAGGAGAACAAAAACAUAUCAUUCUGCUUAAGCUCCAUAAUUUCUUAUUUAAUAUACUCCAGCUUAAACACACACGAAGGGUACUACCACCUAAGCAACGUCCUCUAUUUGCUAAGCUCUGAUAUGAAGGAUAAUUCCAUUAUGCAAGUUUUUAACAAAUACAAUGAUAAUAUAUGUCCGAAUCUUUGGCUGUUCUAUUUGCCGUUCUUAAUAAACAAUAUAAAUACUAACAAGGACAAUUAUUUGUAUUUUCACAAAAUUUUGUAUGUUCUUAUGCGCAAGUUCCCCCAAGAUGUGUUUUACCAUUUUAGAGCGCUGCAAAUUGAGAGAAAUGUUAAACUGUACUACCUGCAGGAGCGUAGGAACAAGAAAAAAGACAUGGGUGAAAAUUCCCCUUUAUUGAAAAAUAACGUACAUAUAGUGAAUGACGCUGAUGGCGUAAGGAAUAAUACGACAAAAUUCCAAAUGGAGGAUGUAAUAUUUUUCUGUGAUGGAGGGAAGCACAGUGGUGGCCACAACCUAAGAGCUCAUGGUUCGAAGAGUGGCAGUGGUGCAUGUGCAGGAGACAAUGUGACUGGUGAGAAUGGAACCGGUAAAUUGUCCAUGUUAAGUGAAGCUGACGCAGCGGCUGACAUUCCCAAUCGGAAACGAAGUCAAGUUCGCAGUGCACGCGGAGCAGUUGCCAAUGCGAGGUUGCAUGUGAACGGUAAAAUCGAAGAGCAGAGUGAGAACAUCAUCAAGGGGGCCUAUCAAAUGAGCGAGAAGGAUGCUACCCCUACUGCCACAAAUUCUCCCGUCCGGGAAAAGCAAAAAGGGUACGAGUAUGCAGACCUAUUUACGGACGUUUUUGACCAGUUGAUGAAUGUGUUUAAAAGCAAACAUGUGGAUGUAUAUUUGUGCCUGAAUUAUAUGUGCAAUGAAAUUUUAAAUUAUACCCGAUUGCAACCGCAUGAAGAAACAUACUACAUGAUAGGCAAGAUACUAGAUCGAUGCAUGGAAUUCCCCUACGCACAAACACACGUGUCGACGUUUAUUCAAAAUAUGACAGAAAAGUAUAUUUUGUACAAGCGAUAUAAAUCAAAAGUGAAGAAAAAUUACACAGGUAGCCGAAGGAACAGAAUAGCUAUUAAUAAUAUGAAUCUGUUUUGGAAGGAAUUUAAAAAGGAUGUAAAAUUGUUAAAGAGAAAUGUACGUAUGAGGAGAGGAAGCAUGAAGCAUGUAGAUAUUAAGGAGAAGGGAAACUUGAAGUCGCAUAUAAUGAACAGCUACACAGGAGGGGAAGAGAACACAGGGCAAGCUGUAACUCCCCAGGGUGGUGAACUAAGUACGAAAGGUCGAAAGGAUAACUACUUCUCCUUGGAAGAAUUUCCGCAAGUUGCUAAAAAAUGGAAGGACAUACUAUUUGUAAUUAUUCAUUCUUUGAAUGAAAAUCAAGGGUUCGAUUAUUUUUCCCAUCCCUUGUUUGAUAUGUUUUCCAAUUUUCCCAUAAAAAUAGAAUUACCAGGUCGUAGGGUAAAAUACAUAGGAGAGCAUUUAAACUAUCUAUACGAUUUAAAUUUAUAUUGCCCUACGAGCAUUGUCAAGUUGAACAAGCCCAUAAUGCCCACAGUUAUAAGUAAUAAUUGCAUGAAGAGGAUUAGCUUCCUAAGCAGCGAUGGAAAUAUUCAGCACUACACCGUACAGCCUUGUAAUUCUAUGCGGAGCACGUCAGAACAUAAGUUUACGCUGUUUCAAAUUUUGAUGAAUAAUAUCAUGUUUAAGUUUUCCCAUACGAAGAAGAGGGGUCUUUCCUUUGGAAUAAAUAUACAUACCCCCCUGCACCCAAGUUUUAGAUUAAAGGAUGAAACGUGUGAGGACAUUUCGUUGAAGGAGCUAUAUAAUGAUUACACAAUGGUAACGAAAAAUGAGAAUUAUUCGCUUGACAAUAUAUUACUACAUCAUAGAAAUCUUAUAAAGAAUUCAAUACGCACAUUUUUGCUGAACAAAGUUGAAUGUGUGGUGAGGGAGAAGGAGCUAUCGAUGACGGAAAGAAACAAAAGGAAGAGCAGUUUGCCAGAUAAAAGGAACGAAAAAAAGAGCACCUCUGUUGUUCAUAAAUCCAAGAGUGAUGAUAUUGCCAGAAUAAGAGCCACAGGAGGUAUCGUAAAAAAUAAUAUCCUGAAAAGGAACUGUAGUGAUGUGUUCAUGAAUACAAAAAGAAGUUCUAGUAACUCCAGUUUCUGUAACCCUUUUAAAAAUGUUGAAGGAAUGACGUGCAAGACGCAAAUGGAUUAUUACAAUUCCUUAUCGUAUGAAGAACUAAUCCAGAACUUUAGAACCAAGGAAUGGUUUAGGAAGUCUUUCAAAAAAUGCGUGAGAAGAAUUGUAAAAUCACACUUCAAAGAUAUCUGUAAAAUGGUGCCGAAAAAUAUAAUGAAGAAUUACUUCUACUCUCUCCACAACAAUUUAGAAAGUUACUACGUUAUGAAUACCCAAUUUGUGAAGAGCUACUCUCUGACGUGUAUGUUAAAUUACAUUUUUUUUCAACAGAGCUCAUCGCUAGAUACGAUUAUCUUGUCUAAGCGCUCAGGAAGAACUAUGUAUUUGGAGGGGAAACCGUCCUAUAUGGAUUUGCCGAAAUAUUAUCCGAACGGGAAGGAGAGGAAGAAGAGGGGGGUACCUUUCCGACUUACUCGUAACAUUCAGCAGUUUAUUGGGUUCCAAGGCUUGCGGGGAGCCUUUCCGUCCAAUUUCUACGUAUCAAUAAUGGCUCUGCAGAAGAACAUGAAUUAUGUAAGAGACUUUUUAAAUCUUACAACUUUGGAUGAUUUUUAUUGUCUAUAUAUUUAUGGGGAAAAUAGAAAAAUUCUGCAAAAUUUGCGAAAGAACGCGAACAGUUUAAAUGAUGAGGAGGUUAAACAUGCUUACGUGAAAUCCUUUCAUGUGGACGAUGUGACAACAACAAUGAUUAUAAAAGAUGCGGAACACCAUGUAAGGAACGUAUGCUAUCGAGUUCGCUGCUUAUAUAAAAACAUUUUAGAUAGGAAGAAGAACGUUUCUGUGUCGAACGCAGAUGAAUGCAAAAAGGAGAGCGAUGUGCCCAAGACAUUUGAGUACUACUCAGAUUUGCAGGAUAUCUCCUUGUCCGAAUUGUCCUCCGAUGAUGAUUUUGAGCAUGCCAACAAUAAUGAGGAUAAGAGCGCACAAAAUGUGAAAAGAACUAAUACAAAUGCGAAAAGGAAAAGAAGCGAAACACCGUCCAAGCUGCUGAAGGUAGAUGGUAGUAGCAAAACAUGCAAGAGCAGGAGAAGUCCUGUGAAGAAGGGUCCAACUGACGGGGACAAGAAUACCUGCGAUAAGGCAGAUCCCCAACCCAAUGACGCGAACGUUGCGAAUGAGAAGUUAUCUAACAAGGAGAGCAGCACGAUGAGCGUGGAGGCAACCGGUGAGGAGAAGCAUAGUGGGGAGAAGGAAAGCACUGGUAUUGAGGACAGUAAUGUGAAGAAUGUAAGUAUUGUAAAUAACCCUACUAAUGCGAAUAACGCUGCUACUUCCAAAAAUGACAAGAGUAGUAAGAAAAGGCGAAGGAGCAAGAAGAAUCCAAGUGGGGACCCAAAGGAAGAACAAUCGGAGCCGAGCAAGGCACAACAGUCGAUGGAGCAAAACACACUGGAGGGUAACACUACCAAUAAACAAAGCAAGAAAAAUAGAACAAGUGCUUCAAAAAGUAAGAAUAACAAUGCACAGGCAGGACAGGAAGGAAAUGCUACGAAAAAUGGACCCUUGAAUAAUGGGCGAGACCAAAAUGCGGAGUCAAAAUAUACUGCACACAAUUUGCAAAAGGAACAAGGUGCAAAGCUUAGGGAAAACGGGGACACAAACAUGGAUGAAUCACACAAUUCUGUGUUAGAUUUAAUGGAAAUCUCUAUGAGUAAGAAGUAUUUAAAAACGGCGAAUGGCCCCUGGUUCCCGUGGUUCUAA